AUCAGGCAGCACAAUAUUUUUCUGAGUGUUUCCGUGAUGCGUAAAGGAGGGACACAACAGGGAGUAACUUCUGUGCACUGGCACAUUCUCGCUCUUAUGGCAACGCAAAUAAGUACUGUGCGCGCGUAGUAAACUAGUGACAGUGCGCGCGCCGUGCGCAAGUUUACUCGUGGUUUUCAGUCCAGCAGUACAGUUGGUCGACCAGCUCCGCUUCUUUCAUGACUGGCGAAGAGGAAGUGAAGGUGGGGAAGAGUUCAUUUGCCGUGCUAUGCCUGCCCGCAACGGGGGGAAGAGUACGGUCGGUGCUGAUGGAGGACAAGGAGAGGACGAAGCAGCAGAAGGCGGCGACUGCAAAGAACCAGCUGAGGGGUAACCCGCACUCGCACGCUAUGGAGAUGACCGCCCGCAACCUGCACCCCAACUCCAAAGCAGACGGCAAAAAUUGCGACUGUUCGAGUAAUCGUAACGGGGGUGAUACAACCGAGAUCACUGUGCCGUUAUCUCCACUGGGUAAAAGAUUUUUACCGAUUGAAGGAGACAACCUCUAUAGACUAAGAGACAGAAAGUUUUUACUGGAGGACAAGAAGCGACUCUGUGCAUGGGCACUGGGCAUCGCGCUGCUUGGGAUUCUACUAAUGAUUCUACAUACGGAACUCUGCCCCGUCAUAUAUCUACCGAGCUCAGUCUACGCCUUUACCAUCACUUGCAUGAUCAGCCUGUCCACGGGUUGCCUUCUCUUUCUCAUUGUGGCCUUCCAUUACAAGGAUAUCCGGCUCUUCACUAUCGACCACAACCAGGUGGACUGGCGCAUCGCUAUGACCAGCCAGCGGCUGCUGGGCAUCUCUUUGGAGCUGGUGGUCUGUGCCAUCCACCCUAUUGCAAUCUACUGGGGGCCGGAGAUGGGGACACCAGGGCUGGCCGUCGACAGUGCCCAAGGAGGGCAGGCGGGCACGCAGGGCAACUUUUCAUCCCGCCCCCUCUGCUCUUCCAUCCGAAACAGCGAUCUCCUGGACCUGGUGCCCCUCCUUUCGUGCCUGAUGUUCCUGCGCCUCUACCUGGUGCACAGGGCCAUCCACCUCCACAGCAAGGUGCUCCUCAACGUCUCCUACAGGAGCAUCGGCUCGCUGAACAACAUCAACUUCACCUUCCGCUUUGUGCUGAAGGUGCUGAUGAACAAGUACCCCGGCCGCACCCUCCUGGUCUUCAUCGUCUUCCUCUGGGUGAGCGCCUCGUGGCUGCUCACGCUCUGCGAGAGGCAGAUCCGGGCGGAAACGGGCGACAUGCUCACGGCGCUCUGGCUCAUCGCCAUUACAUUCCUCACCGUGGGCUACGGGGACGUGUCCCCCAAAACCUUGUGCGGGAAGAUGGUGUGCCUGUUCACCGGAGUCAUGGGCGUGGCCUGCACCGCCAUGUUAGUGGCGGUCGUGGCCAAGUGGCUCGCGCUGAACAAAGGGGAGAAGCAUGUGCACUACUUCAUGAUGGACAUCCAGAUCUCCAAACGGCUCCGUCAUGCUGCGGCCAACGUGCUGAGGGAGUGCUGGCUCAUGCACCGCGUCAACUGCAGGAAGCAGAACCGCGGCGAGCACCGGCAACAGCAGAGGAGCCUGCUGGAGGCCAUCCGCAAGUUUCGGCACCUGCGGCUGAACCAGAGGAAGCUUCGGGACUACGCCAGCGAAAUGGUGGACCUGCCCAAAAUGCAGAUGAUCAUGUGUGACUUGAGUGCCAAGUGGAACAGCUCGUACCACGAGCUGGAGCAGCGCAUCGUCUCCAUGGAGCAGAAGCUGGACGAGCUGGGCCGCUGCCUGAACCACACCUCCGAAAUCCUGGCUCAGGCCGUCCAUCAGCACCGCGGGUACGAAAGGUGACUGUUUGCCCACGAAAGCUGUCCAGAAACCGAUUGGAAAUCGAGAUCUUCGUACAAACUGUCAAUUCUUCUGCCUGAAAAUGGUUCUUCUUAUAGAACCAAAGACCACUUUGACUUCUUUAAUGAUAAAAGGCAGACAACUUCCCCAAUGCCUGCUUUUUUAACACAAAACCGAGGCCUGAGUAGACAUGGACUGAUGCAUCAUAAAUGAGACAUAUCUGCAGAGAUGAGAGAACUGUCCUUUCAGUGAAAAGCCCUUUGAUAUGGACAAAGAAUGAUAUCUGGUUUAUUUACGCACAUGUCAAAAAUACGGCAAUAAUCAUCUCUGUCAAGGACUUUGUUCGGUUCAAGUCUGAAAUCUCAUGCACACGUCUCAUGGAAGCUGUUGUUGUUUAAAGGUUAUCUGCAAGAUGGCAGGAUGUGUGCAAGGGAAGCAGUUCCCACAACAUGAGUGACAUUGACAGAAGGAAGUUCAGCAUGCCUUUCACCUUUUUGAGGUGAAGGAUUGAGGCAAAUUGGAACAAGUUGUCUACCAUAUUGACUCCUAGUAAUUGUCACAAAUACGAAAAUCUGUGCGUACCAGUAAUGUAGUAUACUUUUCCAAAACUUUCCUUUCUUUGUGAUACAGUAGAACAUCAGAUUAACAUAAUGUAAAUAAUGUCAGACUCUCCUCUUGGAGCCAUAAACCCGUAACAAAUGAUUUUUGGCCCUGAAGCCAGCCACAUAUUCCAAUGUGUGACAUCCAGAUAUAUGCUCGACUGGUUUACAGACGUGACAUUUUGGAUGUGGCUGACAUUCUUCUUUACACCUGUGACUGUAGGUACAAAAAGGGUCAGAGGAAAACAGGCAAUGGUUAUGAUGGGAAUAUGUGUGACUGCAACAAGGCAGCAGGAAAGGGCACACAGAGAUGCUGAGGACGGGAAUGUCAGCAGGUCACCAUCGUCAGACACGUAGGCACAAACCAGUGUGUAACACUGUGUGCGCGAUUGUGAAAGGUUCAACUUCUAACGAAAAUGUUCAUGGCCACGCCACCCCUGUGAGAGAGAUCAGAGCGUGCUCAACAGGAAGACAACUUCUCGAAGGGUACAGCAGAAAACCCAGGACGCUGCCGUGACUGGCUGUACGCCACCACACAGUGAAAUGGCCCCCAGGACCCUCCCAAACUGUUUUGACACAACCCAAAGAGCAGAGUGUUCUUAAGAUGAGGAAAGGUAUCAUUUCUUUAGCAGUGCGCAGGUGGGCAGGUUCAGGGGUGCAGGUGUGACAGUAGGUGCAGUAGUGUGUAUACAGGCCACGGGUAGAUCGCUGUACUUUGUACAAAAUGGCGCCCUCUCGUGUAUUGAAUGACAACGCAACACAUUUGUGAACUGUGGUAGGACAACGCACACCUCACGGACUGGAAAUGCAAGGCCCAACAAAAGGAAAAAAAAUGCAGCCCUUUAAUUCAUUUUCAGCAAGUUCUUGCAUUCGAGAACUCAAAAACGUAAAUUAAAAAAAGGAAGAAAAAACAAUGUAAAUAAUUCGCACUCAAUAUCCGCACUGGGUUAUCCGCACUGGGUAUUACAAGAAAGCAGUAAAACUACUUAACGUCAUUUUAAAAAAGUAGGCUACGUAUUCAUUCUAAUUGAUUUAAUAAAAUCGCGAGCUCCGUGGAUGCGCGAAAAUAGGCGGGUGCCCGUGUCGAGAUGUGCAGCAGGUACGCAGCAGACAGCCUUACCUGCUGAGACUGAUUUCCCAGAGAGAAAUAAACACUUCACUGCGACGUCUAGCGCCAGCUUCGCUAGCGGCAGACAGAGGCCACACGAGACACCCAAUGUGUUAAUUGAAAAAAAAAAAGAAACCGUUGGUGUGUCACUUCCUUUGAUUUGAUUUGCGCUCGCGCUUCAGAAGAACCUCCGUGUUGUUGUGCGCGUGCUUUUCCUGCCUAAGAAAUAAACUGAUCGUCAAGCUGUUC